AUGAAAUGGGGCGGUCUGGAUCCCGCCUACCAACCAAAGGAGAUCAAGAAGAUCGUCCGGGAAGCCAUCCUACUCUCCGGCGGCGGUGUCGCGGUUCUCCUUCAAAUGGCUCACCCAUCCGUCGCCGCUGGCGUGAACAACCACAGCAACUUCGCCUAUCGGCCCGUCGACCGCCUGCGGACGACGAUGACCUACGUCUACUGCAUGACGUUCGGCACUCCGGCUGAAAAAGAGGCCAUCAUCAACCUCGUCCACAAGGCUCACACCGUCGUCAAGGGGAAGGAUGGAGGCCGGGACUACAGCGCCGACGAUCCGGAUCUGCAACUCUGGGUCGCCGCCACCUUGUAUGCCACCGCCAUCAACCUCUACACGAAGAUCUUCGGGUCGCUCCCCGAGAAGGAGCAUGAUAAGAUCUAUACACAGUACGCCAUCUUGGCCACGUCGCUGCGCGUGCCCCAGAAACUGUGGCCGGCGAACCGCGCCGCGUUCUGGAGGUAUUGGGACGAGCAGAUCGCGAAGGCCGAGAUCAACGACCACGCUCGCGCCGUCGCGCAAGACGUUCUGUGGAAUAAAGUAGCUCCUCUAUGGGUACGGGCUCCGCUGCCGUUGCUUCGCGUUUUCACGACGUACAUGUUGCCCCCGACACUCCGGGAGGAGUUCGGAUUCAAGGACACCAAGUCUCGACGGGCGUUCUACAAUCUGAUGGUCGGGACGCUGAAAGUGACCUACCCGCUCACGCCGAAGUUCAUCAGAACGUAUCCCAAGAAGUACUACAUGAACGAUAUGAGGAAACGGUUGACCAAGAUGGGCCAUGUGAUUUAG